AUGUACUACAUGGACAUUGAGAAGGCUCUUGAGUUAAACCCCGAGAAGAAGAUGAAACUAGGACGCUCUCUUAUCGACGGUUAUCAAUAUACCACCGCUCAAACUCCUUCCCCUCCUAGCUUCCCCGACGCAGUCAAAUUAGCAGAAAGAGAACUCGCGAGCGUUGAAGAGUGGAAUCAUAUCCUCAACACUUUGUACACUAGCUGGGCCGAUAGAGACAAAUUCGACUCAGUAUGUACACCUGAUGACGAUGAAUCUAGUAUUGCGGCAGUAGCAUCAACAGGUGAACUUAUUGAUGCAGGAUCAGACAUAACUGACUAUGAAGACAUGAAGCCACAGGCCGUUAACCUGCCUGGGCUAGUCACUAAAUCUCUUGAUCUAUCAGUUGUUGAAAUGGCCCCUUGCUCCAUGAAGAAGAUCUACUAUGGAGCACACUUAGACCUCGCCUCACAUGAAGAAACCAGCAGAACUUCCCUUCCCAUCUAUCCUUGCUUAUUUCGCAAUAUCCCUCUGGAUGCAAUCAUUGAUAGCGUUGUGCCCUGA